AUGGUAUGGCUUGUGUGCGACCGUAGUGGUGAGCACCGUAGUAAAGCAAUAGUUAGGAAAGCUGGUAGCAAAACAAUCGGUUGCCCAUUUUCAUUUCUCGCCAUCCGGGACGUGACGAAUGACACGUGGGAGUUAAAAGUGGACAACGCGAACCAUAACCACGAACCUACGAUGAGUCUAUUGGGCCACGCUUUUGUACGAAGAUUUACUGAAGCCGAAUACAAGCUAGUGGAGCAGCUAACUGCUCUAAACAUGGAGCCACGUAUCAUAUUUCAAACCCUAAGAAAGCAGUUCCCCGACAGCCUGCAUGUUCAGAAAGACGUGCAAAAUGCGGUACAAAAAAUUAGAGCGACACUAAGGGACGGAAAGACUCCUAUGCAGGCACUGGAAAGCCUGCUACAUGACCACCGAUUCAUUUACGACACCCGACAGGAACCCAAAACAGAUGUCGUAACAGAGAUUUUCUUUCUUCAUCCUUAUUCAAUCACUAUGUGGCGUGCAUUCCCGCACGUGAUGUUGAUCGACGCGACCUACAAAACAAACCUCUACAACAUGCCAUUUGUCCAGGUUGUGGGUGUGACGUCGACUGGGAAGUCUUUUUGUAUCGCACGUGCCGUUAUUUGUAAAGAACGAAGGGGUAACUACGUGUGGGUGCUUGAGCGGAUCAAGUCAAUCUUGCAUGAAUGUAUGAUGCCGCGUGUGAUAGUCACGGAUAGGGAGCUUGCCCUAAUUAACGCGUGUUCUAAAGUAUUCCCGAACGCAACCAGGCUUCUAUGCACCUUUCACAUCGAACAAAAUAUAGUUAGACAUUGCAAGAAAGGGUUCGAUAAAGAAGAUUGGGGGAAAUUUAUGACGUACUGGCGGAGAGUGUGCGAAUCUACUUCAGAGCCCAUGUACAAGUACAACUUGGAGAAAAUGUAUAACCGACUCGUGGUUGCCAACCGAGAAAGUGUCUAUGAUUACGUCUACGAAAACUGGCUCAAAGACUAUAAAGAAAUGUUCGUUUAUGCGUGGACCGAUAAGUGUCGCAACUUUGGUCAGCGCACCACCAACAGAGUUGAGAGCCAUUUCACCGAGAGCAUCGAAAAAACGAUCAACCACCACAGACACCCGCUGUUGGACAACCUACGUGGAAAGGUUUCCCAUGAAGCACUUGAUUUGCUGGCAAAAGAGCUAAUGAGGAAGCUGGAGGUGUUGGGGAAACUUAACGCAUCAUGUGGUUGCCAUAUGUGGCUUAGCUGUGGAUUACCGUGUGCUUGUAGGCUGGACAACUACAAACGUACAAGGCGUAUGAUACAACUCGAUGACAUAGAUGUAUUCUGGCAUAAGCUUGACUUGCUCCCGUGUAAACUGGUAGACGAGGAAGUCGAUAUUGUAGCAGAGCUCAAUAAUGUGCGGCAACAUUUAGAGGCGCAGUCCCCCGUUCAGCAAAAGAGUAUGCUUUCAAAGAUAAAAGCGGUCUUCACCCCGAAAUCGUCAACCAAGAAACCACCGAUCGUCCAGCAAAAUACUCGCGGUCGGCCUACAUCAAAGAAAGUAUAA